GCCGGGGGGCAGCCUCGUUCCCGUCCGCGCUCUCGCGGUCCUUCGUGGAGCGUUACAUGUAACGUGUGUCCUGGCCCGGCUGUGCGCGCAAGGGCGCUGUGAGCCGUGCCGCCGGCUCGGACGGAGAGAGCUCGAGGAGGCGCGGUGCCUUUAUCGCUGGUGGCUGCUCAGGCCUAGCUUGCCCGCCUAGCAGGGCGCUGCGACUGCGCUAGAGGGCACGCCCGAGCUGUGCGCUGGGAACCGCGCUAUAAAUGUAGACCGGCCACACGUGCAAAGUAAGACUGGCUCUGAGCACCAAGUAAUGAUCGCACCAUUAAUAGGAAAAGACAAAAUUAUAUUUGUGACCAAAGAAGACCAUGCAACACCAAGCAACGCUGAGCUAGUUGCAGAUGACCCCAAUGACCCCUAUGAAGACCAAGGAUUGAUAUUGCCUAAUGGAGAUAUCAAUUGGAAUUGUCCAUGCCUUGGUGGAAUGGCUAGUGGCCCCUGUGGAGAGCAGUUCAAAUCGGCCUUUUCCUGUUUCCACUACAGCACAGAAGAAAUAAAAGGAUCAGACUGUGUGGACCAGUUCCGUGCCAUGCAGGAGUGCAUGCAAAAGUUUCCAGACCUUUAUCCCCAAGAAGAUGAUGAUGAAGAGAAAGAAAAGCCAAGCAAAGAUCUAGAAGCUGCUUCUACGGAAGCCACUGUAACCGAAGAAGAGAAGGGAUCUAGCUAAUGAAGAUGCAAGGAGGCUAGUGUCUCCGCUCUCUGAAUUUAGAGCCAUGAACUUUUGCAAAGUGUCUGUCUUUGAUUCUUCACGAAGCGUUUUACCAUUAAUGUUCUAAACACUGUAUCCUAUGAGUUAACUUAUUACAGGAGAGGAGACCUCAGCCCUAUGGUCUUAAUAGUAAGCACUGCAGAAAGAACAAGUUGAUGUAUGUACCAUGUAACGUGUUAGUGGACACCACCACUGCUUUAACAAUACUUUUUUUUUUUCUCUCUAGUACUCAAUUUGCCUCCAAAUGUACAAAAAAAUUCUUUAAACUGAGAAUUUUUUUAGCCAGUAUAUCAGGUCUAUAUCCAUUUCACUGUAUUUUGAUCAGUAGUUGCUCCUGUUUAAUGUAUUCUGUGCUGUUGAUAGAAAUUGCGUAAGUUGUUUUUCCUAACCUUCUCUGUUGGAGUGGUCCAGAAUGCUGACAUGAUCUGUUUAGAUUGUGCAAACUCUAAUUUCUAAUGGCACAAUUAGAUACCGGUUGCAUUUACUACUGAUCCCAGGUAAAGACUUUCUGAAAAAAUGUUAAAAUAUUUGGCUUUUUUUUUAUAAUUUAAUUAUAGUUGCAUUUUGAAAAUGCUAUUGAGUAACCUAUGAUUUAAGUUUCAAGUAAAUGGGAAAAAUAGUGAUCACUGUGGUACUCGUUUCUUCUGAAAACACUGCUUUUCAGGUCCCUCUGUUACUGCUUGCUCCUCCUGUAUGGUUACGUUCUGACAUAUAUAGUUUUGACAAUAAACUUGAAAUGUUACCCAGAGUAACAGUCUCAGAGCAGAUACUGUGACUUGUGCAUAUUAAACAAUGACAAUCUUUUUACCUUGAUUAAAAGCUCAUUUCUCUCUCUUCUUGGUACCUCUCCUUGCUUGGUGUGAGGCACAUGGCAUUCUCUUGCAUUGUAAAGAGAUUGUGAACUCAUCUGAAAUGCCUGUUCAGUAGGUAUAAAUGAACUACUUUCAGCUACUAUGUACAGGAUUUAUUCCUAUCCAUCUUUAGGAGCCAUGAACAAAGUAAAGCACCACCAGAGCUGAGAGUGGGUAAAUACAGGCACCAAAAUUCCUUAGCAUGAUUAUGGAUUAUGGGAUUACUGCUUGCAGGCAAGGAGGAUGUUACAUUAGAGUUCUUUCUAUUAACAAAAACCUCGCCCUCACUGUCAUUGUAACAUGCUUCGUGACUGGUAUGUUACCGUGGUGUAAGUAAUUGUCCAUUAUUGCUUGGUUUUUAGCAUAUUAGCCAGAUGUUUCUAAAAUAUAGCAAAGUAAAAUUAUGGCAUUAUUAAUUUACCCUAGAGCAGUGGUCUCCAACCUUUUUAAGCAGGAGAUCACCAUUGGCAUUUAAAAGCAACCCUAGAUCUACCAUGUGUUGUUGCCAUCCCCCUCUGCUCAUCAAGAAAAUCUGUGGGAAGGGAAGUGGGCAGAUCUAGGCAGAAAGAGAAAAAAUUAUUUGGGGGUGCGCCUCCCCAACAGGUAAGUCCAACCUGGCCGGGGCCCCACUCAACUUACCCGUGCUCCUGCUUCUGCGGCACUCUCCCUCAUCACGGGGGCCUCAACCUAGCCCUUGCAACCUAGCCCUUGCCUGUUCCCUCCCCCAUGGACUGACCUGCUGGGCUGGGAUGGGCAAGUGCAUGCAUGUAUGCGGGCACUCAGCCCCCCCACCCCAGCCUCGGAUUGACUCCAAGAGGCUCCGAGAUCUACCGGUGGAUCUCAAUCCACUGGUUGGUGACCACUGCCCUAGAGUGUGCAACAAUAUUUAUCUUCUUACCUUUCUUGGCAUCCACAGGCUUUUGUCUCCACCAUUCAACGUUGCCAGUGCUCUGUAGUCAUACUUUGGCAUAUUGUUGUAUGCUUAUUAAGUUAUUUAAAUCUGAAGGAACCCACUUCUGUUCUUUUCUGUUGACAUUUAAGCUCUUUGAAUUUUAGUCCAGUGAUUGGAUCUUCGUGGAAAAGUGGGGAAGGAGAUGGAAUUAAGUAACUGGCACUAGCUCAAUUCUAGGGGGAUGGUGGCAGGUACUCAGAACAGACUUUACAUUUUCAAAGAAGCAAAGUGUGACAAAGCCUCUCAGUCUUUGCAUGAAGCAGUGAACAAAGCAAAUGCCAAGUUAACAACCUGAGUAAGCGGGCACAAAAGCGACAGCGCGAUAAAACCUUGGCGCCUAGGCAGUUGGGCCAGGGAAAUAAUCUCAGGCCAUCAGAUAAAUGCUGGGCACUAAUAUAUGUAUAUAUAAUAGGAGACACACACACACCUCUGCAUUUACCUGAAUCAUUGUCUUUUUUGGGUGGAAACCCAACUUAAUGUCUGUCAAAGGAAGAAACAGGGUGAAGGAGAUCUCUGUUCUAAGAACUGCUUGCCUGUUGUGCUUUUCUUCUGUGCUUUUCUUUCCCACGCUGCCUUGUUUUGAAGCUUUAGGAUUUAUUAUCUGAGAGUGUUUUUUGACAUCUGUGUACUGACUAGAAUGCAAGAGGGCUAGUCAUGUAUUUAUGCAAGACCUGAAUCUGUACUUAAGUCUUUCAACGGCAUAGUCCAUACUGGGAAAAAUCACUAUUUACUAAUGGCAGUACCUCCUUUUUUCUGUCCAAAUGCAGGAAAUAAAGAGUCCUGUCCAAAGAGCUUA